AUGGACAGCGAAUCUCCUGCCACCAUCGGCGGUGCUACCCCCGUGCGCAAGAGGAUCUCUACGGCCUGUGAGGCGUGCCGCGUAACAAAGAUUAAGUGCCAGCCGAGUGAGCAGCCCGGAGUCUGUCGCAACGUCGUUGAUGGCCAUCAAUCGCAACCUCAGCCUCCUCCGCCACCAGCUCCGUCAAAGACCUUCACCAUCGACUUUGAUGUCCCCUCGCUGCCAGAAGUAGACGAGAACUUUGACGCCCUACGCGACUCACACUCUCAAAUGAUCGAUUCCAUCUUUCCAUCGGAUCAGGAGUCGGAUGCCCUCAGUGCCCCAGAUUCGCCGCCUACAGGAUUCCCGACGCCGGGCUCGUCUAAUAACACGCACUCCAUUCAGUCCCUGCACGCAAAGCCGCAGUUCAACCUCGAUUCGGCGGCAUCCCUCUUAGCUUCGUUUCGUGGAAUGUUGGUGCACUAUCCAGUGGUUUCUCUCAAACCCGAAGAGACAGUAUCAAGUCUCGCCGCUUCUCGACCGUUCGUUCUACUAGCCAUCCUGUCAGCAGCAUCUGGGUCCAGGACACUGCAGGGACAUACCCUCUAUGACGAAGAGUUUCGAAAAGUACUAGGCCUCAAGUUUGUCGCCGGCGGAGAGAGGAGCAUGGAGCUCCUUCAGGGCAUUCUCAUCUACUGCGCCUGGUACCCCUUCCACCUCCGCCCCAAGAACAAACAAGCCUUCCAAUACUACCGAAUGGCCGGUGAUCUCGUCCACGACCUCGACUUGGAGGAAGAAUCCCCAGAGCUCAUCACCACGCCUCCCGGCGCCAUGACCACAACGCAGCUCGACCGUCUGCGCGCCUACCUGGGCUACUACUACGCCGUGUCAAAGUACGUCCUCGGCCACCCGUACACGCGGCCCCUCGUUGCUUACCAUCCCAGCUACAUGACGGCGUGGAAGAGGAUGGACCAGCUGGCUUGCCCCUGGACGCCCUGGACGGCUACCUGCUGCGAUGUGCUGCAACGGUGCGCAGAGGCUGAUGGGGAUCUUGCGCUGUCUUAUCUUGCCAGGUUGGCGAGCUCGACGAACACGGCCAAUAAAUCGAUUCGCGAUAACAACGCCCAGUCGGCUCAACAGGUUCAGUUGCUUUUGUUGGGACUCGAGGCUCAGCAUAGGGAACUGAAGGAGGCCAUGUUGCCUCAUAUAGCCCGGUCAGCACCCGUAAGGCUAGCGGACCUCUUCUUCAACGUCUUUCUCCAAGGUGGCGCCGUCUUCUAUUUAACCCGCAAGAUCGCUCCCCCGGGUCUCGUCCACCCUCCUGUGUCCCGCCUCCGCAGCUGCGUCACCAACCUGCGUGCUUUGUUCGACUACCUCACCGACCUGGGACAGUCAGGCUUUAUGGCUUUCACCAGCGUCGACUGGACCAAAUUUGUUCUCUCUGUCAUCCUUGCUGUCCGACUCUCGUUCCCCAUGUCGGAGGUCAAAGACUGGGAUCACGCCUGGGCGCGCGAAGAGCUGCGCUUCGAGGCCUUCCUCGAGACCAUGUGUGACGGCGCAGACCUGACACCCGUGAGCACAAGGGUCGACGUCCUCUCUGCGGGACGCGUCGUCUUGCGCGUUGUCAAGGAAAAGUACGACCGCCGGGUCGCCAUGCUCAACAUGACGGCCUCGCACGGGAAGGGACCUGGCCCGCAGGGGUGUCCAAUGUUUGACCGCAGCAUGGAGCCGUACAUUUCAGCGUGGGAUACGGGGUUCGACAUGAGCUCAGUGAUGCCACCGUUCCCGCCUCAGCAGCAGAGCCAGCAGGAAGGACAGCAGGCUGUGUUCCAUGACCUGUGGGCGACCAUGACCAUGGGCUGGGCGAAUGACAGUCUGAUGGACGACCAGGAUAUCUAG